AUGGAAAUCAUUACGGAGAGGUUCUACUCGAACCUUUUCCGUUCAUCAACUCCUGUGUCAAGCCCAAUCAUCCCCACUGGCGAAGCUCCACCACGGAUUCUCCCUUCGGAAGUACGAGUCGCUAUCAAGAGCAUGAAAUCUGGCACAGCCGGCGGACCUGAUUUUAUAUCACCAGACUUUCCUCGGGCUAAUGGCCAUCCAAUUCAUGUAAUCUUAGCAGCGCACAUGACAUCCUACGUUCAGAAAGAAAGGAUCCCAGACCAGUGGAAGACCUCGCAAACCAUUCUUAUCCGUAAGGAAGGUGACCGAGAGGACCUUCGGAACUACCGCCCGAUAUGCUUGCUGAGUGUGUUAUACAAAGUAUUCACCAAGAUCCACGGAUCUCCCUCACUAGAGGGAUCACAACCGGUUACGAGGCUACGUGGCGCGUCCCUGGGUGGCUGA